AUGGGCCGGCCAAUGAGCGAAAUAGGAUGCUGCCAGCACUUCAUAAUUUCACGCACGACGUCCCCAGCACUAACCGAGAUACCCGAAUUUCCCACGAAAUUAAAGUCCCUCGAAAGGGCCCGACUACCGUCGGAAAAUCAAUUACCCGAGAUGCACCCUAGAAGAUGUUCAACUUGCGGCUCGUGUUACACCUGCUCUGCUACGGCGGCAUUCCCGAAGUCACAUCUCGAGAAGAAAUGGCACUGCACGUUUUCUCGAGGUCUUGAGCAACUGGAAGACCAGGUUAAUGCCGCCGCGCUUCGCUCUUUGUCAUCCCGUGCCCGCGCAUACCUCCGCACAUACUCGGGCACGGUACCGCACAGACAAACUGUCGGCGAGGCUAUAGAUUAUAAAAUACGAAGACAGGAAGGGAGGGAAGUAUCAAACGUGCCUACCCAGGUCCUCGCCGACGGCAACUCAGCGCGUCGAGCACGGGCAGCCGCAGACGCUGGGAUCGCUUCGUGGAGCUCAUGGCGCGCUCGAACGCGCUCGAAAGCGGGUUUCGCAGCCCGGCGCGCCGUCAUGUUCCAGCGACCUGCGCACUUCGUGCUCGCCGGAACCACUGACACGUUCAAUGAUCGGAUUUAUUCAAUAAAACGCGCUGCCGCGGCGUUGCCCAGUGAUAAGAGUAAGCGUGUCUCACGGUCUGGACGUCGUCGCGGGGCAGCGGCUCCCGGGGCGGGUCCUGAGCGUCGAUUGGACGCAGAUAAUUACGACGAACGCGACCUCCGUCGCCCGCCGCAUCCGAUGGUACAAUUUAUCUGCGUCCAAUCAACCCCUGAGCGGCGAAACCUUAACGGCCGCGGGCGCAGAGGCCCUGGGGCUGGAAAGGCAACGAUGGGAGACGAUUGGUCUAGAAAAAUUGCGAUGGACCCGACGCAAUGGUGGUAUGGAAUGGAUCGAGACCAUCCCUUGGGGUAG